GUUGUUUGCACGUGGAGGUGGGAGGGGUGAGCUUGUUGCAGCUGUGAGGAGCUGAUUUCACUGAUCGCCUAUGCACUGUGGAUUAAAUAAUUCUGGUGAGUGGCAAACUCCUGGUUGAAGCGUGUAGCUGCAGCAGCGGGACUGGAUGGGGGGAAACAGCCCGAGUCAUUUCUCUGAGGAGGACGAAGGCGGAGGAAUAACUUUUGUGAAGGGCAUUCGGCUGUCAGAUAAAGUCAUCAACCGGAUGAAACAUUCAUCAAAGCUCGCCUCUCCUCAUCACUCACCUGAACCACAAACACAAGUGGUCACUCCAGUUCCUGCCCCCUCUCUUGAGCAUUUAUUGCCUCUUCUGACACCACCUCCACCUCCAUUCGUCGCCACUCCUCUUCCUCAGGAAGCCUUACCAACACCGCCAUCAGUGGAACAUGUUCCUCCUGUAAAACUAGUUCCCCCUCCUCCAAUUAGGUUUCACACCCUUCCUCAAUCCUCAGUGGAGCCUACACCUCCUUCUCCACCUGAAGAGCCAAAAACUCUCCCUGUUGUUUCUACUCCACCUCCACUGCCAUCCACACCUCCUCUAAGGGGCGACACACCUGUGGCUUCGGAAGCUCUUUCUCCACCUUCUGCUGCUGAGCCAAUAGUCCUGCCUCCAGCUGAAUCCUUUAUUCCACCUGUAGAGCCAGAAACCCUGACUACACCACAGAUAGCAGAACCAGUCGGUGAACCUGCCAUCCUCCAUUCACCUGUCGAGUCAUCUCCAGCAUCCAUGGCUCCGCCCGAGCCUCCAUGUCUUCCCUGUGAACGUGAGAAUCCAACACCUCCAGCGACUAUUGAGCUUGUUGCUGUUGCCCCUCUUGAAUGUGAUGCUCCAUCGCUUCCUUCAGUGGAAACAGUUCAACUUCCUCCUAGUGUCGAAACACCUCCAGCAGCUGCUGAGCCUCUCGAAUCUGCUCCUCCAUCAUCUUCUUUAGUUGAAACAGUUCAGCUUCCUUCUACUGUUGAAUCUCCACCAGUUGAAACAGUAAUCCCCGUUGAUUCAGCUCCAGCUGAAGCUGUCGUUCUUCUACCGCAAGCAGAGCCCGUAGUUCCAUCUGCUGCAGCCGAAGAAGUGCCUGCAGCUGUAGCGCCAGCUGUUGAACCAACUCCACCUCCUCCGGAGCCUAUCUCAGCACUCCCUCCUGCACCACAACCCUGUUUGGAGGAAACAUCACCACCCUGUCAUUGUGAGGACCAUUCUAUUGUACCCUCUGGUGCACCUAUAGUUGUACCCUCUCCAGAGCUCAUAGCACCAUCUGCUGAGCUCGUAGCACCAUCUCCUUCUGAUAUAGCUCCACUUGCUGAGAAGCCCACCCCAUCUCCACCUGCUGAUGUUGUUGAAGAUGAGGCACCUGUUGUUAUCACAGUGCCACCUCCUGCAGCAGCUUUACCUGUUUCUCCAGAGGUUGUGGAAGAAGAGCUGAGGCAGAAGAUCAAAGCGGAGAUGCAAAAAAGUCUGGAGGACGAGAUUAAACAUAAAAGGGAAGAGCUGCAGCGACAGCUGGAGGAAAUAAGGGCUCAGGCUCAAGCAGAGGCGAAGGCAGCAGCUCAGGCUCAAGUGGAAGAGCAAGCGAAGAAGACUCUGGAGGAGCAGAAAGCGGCAUACAUGGAGAAGCUGACAGAGUCCAUCGCAAAGGAGCGAACUAAGGCGGAGGAUGAGAGACUCAUGGUGCAGCUUUAUUGGAUGGAGCUGAAGGCUCACCACCUGGAAGAAAAGGAGAAAGAACUGAAGACACGAGAUACCCUCUACAGGGAACAUGUCACAAAACUAGAAGCAAAGUGUUCAGAGUUUUAUAAAGUGUCUGCUGAAAGCUUCCAGAAAGGCAAGAAAGAAACUCAAAACCGUUUUGCACGUUUUGAUGUCCAGCCAGUGUGUGGAGACCUGCAGGGCCAGAUACUGAAAUGUUACAAGGAGAAUACGGGAAAGACUCUGUCCUGCUCAGGCAUCGCAUCAGCCUAUAUGCAGUGUGUGGACAACGCCAAGAAGAAUAAGUUGAGCACUGGAGGGUAAUGUGGACCACAGUUUAACUUCUGCAACAACA